CUCCCCCUCCUCGGCGGCGGCGGCGGCGGCAGAGGCGGCAGCGCUCGCCAUUGCCGCUGGUGGCAGGAGGCUGCGAGGAGCCGGCGCGGUCGUAGUCUCCACGGCGCAGGCCCACGGUAGCGCAGCCGCUCUGAGUAGACCUUCAUGGAGGAGCACGGAGUGACUCAGACUGAACACAUGGCUACCAUAGAAGCCCAUGCAGUGGCCCAGCAAGUGCAGCAGGUCCACGUGGCCACCUACACUGAACACAGCAUGCUGAGUGCUGACGAAGACUCGCCUUCUUCUCCCGAGGACACCUCUUACGACGACUCAGACAUACUCAACUCCACAGCGGCUGAUGAGGUAACAGCCCAUCUGGCUGCUGCAGGUCCUGUGGGAAUGGCUGCUGCUGCUGCUGUGGCAACAGGAAAGAAACGGAAACGACCUCAUGUCUUUGAGUCUAAUCCAUCUAUCCGGAAGAGACAGCAAACACGUUUGCUUCGGAAACUUCGAGCCACAUUAGAUGAAUAUACUACUCGAGUGGGACAGCAAGCUAUUGUCCUCUGUAUCUCACCCUCCAAACCCAACCCUGUCUUUAAAGUGUUUGGUGCAGCACCUUUGGAAAACGUGGUGCGUAAGUACAAGAGCAUGAUCCUGGAAGACCUGGAGUCCGCCUUGGCAGAACACGCCCCUGCGCCACAGGAGGUUAACUCUGAGCUGCCGCCUCUCACUAUCGACGGAAUUCCAGUCUCUGUGGACAAAAUGACCCAGGCCCAGCUUCGGGCAUUUAUUCCAGAGAUGCUCAAGUAUUCCACGGGUCGGGGAAAACCAGGCUGGGGUAAAGAAAGCUGCAAACCCAUCUGGUGGCCUGAAGAUAUUCCCUGGGCAAAUGUCCGGAGCGACGUUCGUACGGAAGAACAAAAGCAGAGGGUUUCAUGGACUCAGGCACUCCGGACCAUAGUUAAAAACUGUUAUAAACAGCACGGGCGGGAGGACCUUUUAUAUGCCUUUGAAGACCAGCAAACACAAACACAGGCCACAACCACACACAGUAUAGCCCAUCUUGUACCAUCACAGACCGUAGUCCAGACCUUUAGUAACCCUGAUGGCACAGUCUCGCUUAUCCAGGUUGGUACAGGGGCAACAGUAGCCACAUUGGCUGAUGCUUCAGAAUUACCAACCACAGUCACUGUUGCCCAAGUGAAUUAUUCUGCUGUGGCUGAUGGAGAGGUUGAACAAAACUGGGCCACGUUACAGGGAGGUGAAAUGACGAUCCAGACGACGCAAGCUUCCGAGGCCACCCAGGCGGUGGCAUCGUUGGCAGAGGCUGCAGUGGCAGCUUCUCAGGAGAUGCAGCAGGGAGCUACAGUCACCAUGGCACUCAACAGUGAAGCUGCUGCCCAUGCUGUCGCCACCCUGGCCGAAGCCACCUUACAAGGGGGGGGACAGAUCGUCCUGUCUGGAGAAACCGCAGCAGCUGUUGGAGCACUUACUGGAGUCCAAGAUGCUAAUGGCCUGGUCCAGAUCCCCGUAAGCAUGUACCAGACGGUGGUGACCAGCCUCGCCCAGGGCAACGGGCCGGUGCAGGUGGCUAUGGCGCCCGUGACCACCAGGAUAUCAGACAGCGCAGUCACCAUGGACGGCCAGGCUGUGGAGGUGGUGACGCUGGAACAGUGACAGACAACCCUGCCCAAGUGUGCGUCAUUUUCUAGUCUACUUCAAGAUCCUUUUUUGUUUGUUUGUUUGUUUUUUUAAUACAUUUGCAUAGGUGCAAUCAAAUGGGAUUAAAGUCUCUUGACUUUGGAAGACAAGUUUGGUUAACUUUUUUUUUUUUUUUGGAAGAAAAAGAAAAAAGAAAAGAAAAAAAAAAAAAGAAGGAAAGAAAGGCAGCCGACUACUUGUUGGCAACAACAUCUCUCUCUUUUUUUUUUUUUUUUUGCAAGCACCGCUCUUAUUUUCCAGGACUUGGUGGAGUUUGAAAUACUGCAUUGUCAAGUUCAUUGUCCUGGAAAAACAAAAAAAACUAAAAGCCAAAUUGUGGCGGGACUUCUUUCUGUGGAAACAUGUGUAAAUUAAUGUGUGUAUACGUGUGAGUGUGAAUAUAUGUAUAUGUGUACAUAGGGGUAUACACAUUUACAUAUAGAGAUAAAGUAUAUAUAUAUGUGUAAAUAUAUACAUAUAUCUAUAUAUAUAUAUAUGAAACCCGCAUGGAAUUAUCUAUAUGAAAUCAAAGUGAGCUGUGGGAAGAUUAAUUCACCCAUUUUAGUGGGUGUAGGGUACGUGGCCUGACACAGUCACCCAGUUUUUGUUCAUACCAGGGUCAUGCAUUGAGCUACUGACAAACUCAGGCGGAGGUUCCCAGCCCCUCACCAAAGCUGCCUCCCAGUGAUUGCCCACAGUGCCCCUUGCUGGUCUCACCUGAGGAAGGAGGGUCCCAAAGGGGAUGGGGUCCAGGAAUUGCACUGGUGGGGCUGAGGGCCUCCAGACUGGCAGCUGAGCUAACUGGGAAUGGCCUGCAGGCUCCCAGGCUGAGGCAAGAGGGCAUUCUUCUGCCUCUCCUCCCCUUCCCAGGAAACCCUCUCGGAAAAUGUUGCUUUGGUUUCAAGGUCAGUCCUGAAUCUGUCAUGUAUACGAGCAGAAAGAUAACAGAAGUAUUAAGGGUUUAAGAAGAGUGCACAUUGAAUGUGCUUGUGGGUGUAUAUGAGGGGCUUGGGGGGGUGCGUCCUGGGAAGGGUCAGAAGGGGAAAGAAAGGAGGGAAGAGACCCAGGGACACCCCUGGGAGCAAUUGUCUCCCUUCCUGGGACCUCCUGUAACUUAACCAACCCAGGAGGCCAGCACAGAAAGGCACAUCAGGCCCCAGGGAGACUGGCCCUCAUGUCAGAAGAGACCAGGGUUGUCCUGCACCCCCAGACUGGGCCCUGUUUCCAAAAGGCUCCUGCCUUUCCCCUGGGGGGACCCUCGCAGCCCCAUGGUGCUCCUCCCAGGUGUCGAUUGUUCUAGAUUGUAACCAUGACUCUCAGCUCCUCCACCACCAGCCCAGAGCCCCCAGGGACUCGAAUCCUGACUUUCUGACAGGAGCACGGGGACAACUCUCCCUCUUCCCUCCUCCCAGGACCACCCCCCAGCCCCCCCCCCCCGUGUGAGUGAGUGUGUGUGAUAGCGUAUUUAAUGUGCGUGGUUUUUUUUUUAAUGCAACAUUAAAAGAUUCUUCAUGUCUUGCUCAGCCUUUGAGAACAGUUUUCAGAUUCUUGUAUGGGCUUGUUUUAUAUAAAACUCUCCAAUGUUCUUUGUAUGUUUUAUUUUUAUUUUCUGUACGGGAAUGGGGUGGGCAGGGUGGGAUGGGAGAUUUCCAUAUAAACAGUCCUAGUUCUACGAUUUGUUAUUUUUUUUAAUUAUUAUUUUUGAUCAUCAUUGUGAAGCUGUCCGGGGACUUGACCGUCCACGUUCCUUUAUGGUGAAAUGACCUCCUACUAGUUUGAGAAGAUGCCAAGAAGAAGAAGAAGAAAAAAAAUAA